UUUUAGCUUACACGCGUUUUGGUCAUCCGAAAACAAGACAUGUUUUUCAGACACGUGUUAAUUACUCAGGUGGCUGGCCGUCAAACAUGAAAAAUUCAGUGGGCUUUCGUUUUCACGACGCGUUCUGUUAAUAAAAAAAAUGCCAGAGGACCCAUUACCUAAAUUCCCGUUCGUUAAAAAUUCGAAAGAUUGGUCUUGAACGAAAAUCAAACUGUUCAUUUGAUGAGAGCAUAAUAAACCCGAACGUCUGUUCUAACAGAAAGUGCGACAAUGACAUUAGAACUUAGUGCAGCUCAUACGGCAAUGCCUUUAGAUUAUAGUAACACAGGUGUGCGUCUUGGUGAAGAUUCUAGAAGCCCUUUAAACGUAUCAAAUUCGGCGCCCUCCAGUCCGCCGGCAAACAGCAGUGCGUUUCGAGUUGUGACGCCGAAAGGCAGAGAAGGAAUCGGAAAUGAAAGCAACUCUUCAUUGGAAUACCCAGCUGCGGGCUUCUCUUCGUACUGCAGAAGCAUAUGGAGUUCGCCACUAUUACCUGGCGGCCUUAGAUACCUUUCAACGAAUCAAAAUUCAUCGGAUAACCCAACGGAGAAGUUAAACGAUCCCAUUAAAUUUGGAGUAAACAGACUAAUGGAGAAAUCAUCCCCGCAACCGGAAGAUGUUCCAAACUUAAACAACAAUAACACAAAAUUUUACGAAGUAAGCGACGACCUCGGUGGAAAUCCACACAGCGGGGACGAGAUGCUUUCACCGGGCCCCAACCAGGAAAACAACUGGGACACGUCACCACCUAGACCAUCUCCUAGCACAUCGCCAGAAUUAGAAGUCGACUCCCCCGUACAUUCGAGGACGCCGUCACCUUUACCAUCACAAGUGACCGAAAUUUCCAAAAGUCCGCUGAAAAAAUCCGAAGCAUUCUCCGUCAGUGCAUUACUCCGACCAGAUCGGCCCAAAAGCAAAUUAGACUCUUAUUAUCAGGAAACAAUAUCCGUAACACGAUCAUACUUAUACCCCCCAUUCGUCGACUUGCUACGCGACGCGCAAUUAAAAACCGCGCAGGAAUACAGCAACCACUUUUUACCUCGCCAUUUCGUUCAUCCCGGAAUGAUACCUUCCGGAAUAUAUCCGCCUAAGGAAGGCGAGGAAAGGCAAUUUUUGCCGACCCCCACGUCGCUGUAUUUUAGUGCAGUCGCGGCCGCAAUGGCAAAUGGACAAUCGGGCGUGCAACCGGGACAAUAUCCUUCACCGCACUCUGAAGAAUUCUACAGGUUAAGGCAUCAUUUUAUGAAUAAUUCAGCCGGGAUUCAUCCGCAUCACCAUCAUUUGCUUAUGAGGCCCGGAAUGAUGCCCCUAGGUGAUGUUUAUUCAUGUAUAAAAUGUGAAAAAAUGUUUUCUACCCCUCACGGACUUGAGGUUCACGCGAGAAGAUCGCAUAACGGCAAGAGGCCGUUUGCUUGUGAACUUUGCAAUAAAACUUUUGGACAUGAAAUCAGUUUAAGUCAACACAGAGCUGUGCACAACGUCGAAAAGGUUUUUGAAUGCAAACAAUGUGGAAAAUCGUUUAAACGUUCUUCUACGUUAUCGACGCACCUUCUGAUACAUUCCGACACAAGACCCUACCCGUGCCAGUACUGCGGAAAGAGGUUUCACCAAAAAUCAGACAUGAAGAAACACACGUAUAUACAUACAGGUGAAAAACCUCACAAGUGCCAAGUAUGUGGGAAAGCUUUCAGUCAGUCCUCCAAUCUAAUCACGCACUCAAGAAAACACACGGGUUUUAAACCGUUCGCAUGCGAUCUAUGUGGACGCGCCUUCCAAAGAAAAGUCGACCUCCGACGGCACAAGGAAACGCAACAUACAGAAAUACGAUCGAUAGUCACAUAGUGUCAAGAAAAUGGAAGUGUGACCCUUCCAUUUGCUACUAAUGGAAUUUGCGCUUCCCCAUCGUCGACAGGCCAUAGUCAAAACGUGAACAACGACGUGCAAGUAACGAGCGCACCUAUCAGCGAACUUGCACAGUCCCUCCAACACUUAGGGAACUCUCCAAAUACCCAAACUCUAACUAUGGGUCAUCAGCCCACCAUGACACCUUUGCAAAUACCAUCCCGCGCCGUGUACCACAACACAAACUGGAGUUAAAUCCGUAAGGUUUCGUUGGCCCAUUCCUCUUGCAACUGUUGUUACCUACCUGCUAGUUUAAAAUUUAGUCAAUAUUUCCAAAUAAACUCAACCAAAGAGUAAAACUUAGCUGUAAGGAAGAAAUAUUUUUAUGGUGUACACCGAACUGUGAUCGAAUUAGCCAUCAUAUUAGAUAUGGUGCUAUCGACUUAUAUCUCAACUUGUACUGAAUGUUACGAAUAGUUUAAAAUAUGUUACAUGUGCAAUCUCGGAUUUAGUGCAAUUUAAAAGUAUUCCGCUUUUUUAAUGUAACCACCCCUUUAUCACAAUUCCAUUUUUAUAUCAUUCCGGAGCAUCUUAGGGAAGGCAUUAUAAAUUAAAAGGUUCACAUCUCAACACACGUACAUAUCAAGAAAAGCUCUGGCAACGUUUUACAACGGAGAGGAUUUUAUUUUUGAGGAUCUUGAUUGUCUCACGAGAGAAUAUAUAAAAGAGCGCGUGCACGUUAAGUUGUUACCUUGUAAAGCUCCCAUGCUCUAGUCAUACUGUACAAAUUUUCGAUUAGUAUUUCAAAGAGCGCGCAUCUUUAGUUGGGUCGUAAACCUGUUGAGAUUACGCAAUAUUUUUACGUAAACGCGUCUUACAUAUUAGGCCCAAGACGCUCCUCCUACGCAAACAGUCGGAUACGCACCAAAAAGUGUCAAUAAAGAACUUCGGUAAUUGAAUUAAGUGACAACUGAGUGUUAUAGUACUGUUUGAUAUAAUAUCACCCGAAGGCGAGAGAACUCUCGCGAAGCCAUAUCUUUAUUUACAACAGAGCAGCAGCGUGUUUGGAAUACCAAGUAGGUUUCCUGAUUGAGCGACUUGAUUUUUAACCAGAGCCGCUCGAAACUAGAGAUUGAAAUAGAAUAACGAAAAUGAAAGAUUUUUCCCUUCGGGCAAUUAGAAAGAAAAACCUUUCAGCACUGAACCACCAAGAUUUCCGCUAAUAUUAAUGAUAUUAAUAACGAAAUUAUUGCAAAGCUCCCGUUAAUGCUGAACAAUGUGUAACCCCAUAUUCCCUCGGCAGCGAAAUUGGAAGUCUUUCCUGACACUCAGAGAGCUUGGUUUCCGGUUUCAGCACUCUGUGUCUACACGCCCACCCUAUUUCAACCCCUGCAGCGUCCCGAAAGCUCUGAACUGUCAGGCUAUAUUCUGUUAAACGUGUGAUUUUACAGCUAUGAUACACAAAUAGCUAUUAAGAUACCGUACAGAAAUCUAAAUAUUAAUUAAUUUAUGAAACGCUGCCAGAGUUUUUAAUUUACAUAUUCCGUUACAUUAAACGUUUUAUUCAAAAUGACCAAAGAGAUUUAAGAUUUUUAAACUAAAUGUGAAUGAGUUUUUAAGUCUAGAUAGUAAUUAUUAAACUAAUUCACUCAAACACUGUAUAUAAAUGUUGCAAAUGUUAGUACAAUUUACA